ACGCCCCUUUGAAAGAGCACGCUUCUCCCCGCCCAGCCAGUCGAAAGUCAGCAGAACUGGGGAGGAGAAGGAGGGAAUCCCGGGGAGGCGUGGUCACAGCCGUGGCCGGCCGCUCCUGCCUGGAGUGACGGGCAGGAGCAGACAAUGAGCUACGACGGGGUUGCUGGCCUGGAGAACCUGAGGGAGGCUGCCGGGUUCGCAAGGAACAGCGGCACGCGCGCGCGCCCCUCUUUUUAGCAGCAGCCCAUGGAUGAGCCCAGUAUUCAUUGGAUGACUGAUUCCAAGAAGAACAUUUUCUCUCUGUCAGCUUUCUCCACUUCACCUGUACUUCAUAACUCUUAUCAUGUACUGAAAAGAAAAAUCUUCUCAGGAUGUUUGCAAAAGCGACAAAGAAUUUUGUGAGAGAGAUUGACUGUGGAGGAGACUUGAUCCCUGUAUCCCGCCUGAAUGACUUGGAUAAAUUGCAGUUCCUGAACUUCGUGACAAAGAAGAAGAAAACCUGGUGCUGGCAAAAGCCAAAGUACCAUCUCUUGUCAGUCACAUUGAAUGAUGUGCUUGCUGAAGGCGAACCUGUAAAACCAGUUGUGGUGGAAUCUGACUUUGUGAAGUAUGAAGGAAAGUUUGAAGACUAUGUCACAGGAAGCAUUGAAACUACACUUGGAAGGAUCAGUCUAGGAGCCGGAGGAAAGGGUGUUGUGAAAAGUCAGUCAUCUUUUGGAAAUUUAAAAAAGCAAGAAGCUGACUUGAAGAUGCUUAUGAAGGACCUCAAGGGAAGGACAAUAAAUCUACAGAACACACUGCUGCAACAAGUACUUGAAAGAAAGCAUGAAGUCCUUUGUAUCCUGACAGAAAGAAUAAUAACGACUCAGAAAUGUUUAAUAUCUGAAACCAUUCAGACAGAAGAAAAAAUUGCUGGUAUGGUGGGAUUGAGUACAAAAAUUAUAAAGGUAUCAGUGAGUGAAAAUGGAAAUGUGAUAAAGGACUCUAAUGUGAUCUUGGAGAUCCCUGCUCCCACAGCUAUUGCUUAUGGUGUAAUAGAACUGUAUAUAAAGCGUAACGGUCAAUUUGACUUCUGCCUGCUUCAUGAGCAACAAGGUGGCUUUGAAAGAGAGAGCACAGAAAGGCCAUCCUAUCACUCUUUAGCCUUCAGCGAUGCCAUGUUCCUCCAUAUGGAUGCUGUGGAUAAUGAGAAGCAGUCUGGGCCUGAAAGCCCUAUCCCCAGUGGAGCUCCAUUAAGCAUAUUGAGAAAAGAUGCCUUACAAUUAAAGACCCAGUUUCAGCCCUUUACAAAGCUCUCAGAAGAAAAGCAGGAAGCUUUAUACCAAAUACUCCGAGAACUACUGCUUCAUGAAGAAAUGGUGACUCAGCUGGAGGACCUGCUGGAUAACAUAUGCUUAGAAGAUCAUCGCGAACUCCUAGUCAUGACAAAGUUAAAGCCACCAGAACAGCAAAAUAUAGAGGAGUUCUUGAAGUUACUUGGAAUCAAUUUGCAGAAUGAACAGUUGAUACGGAAGGAGCAACUUCACAACAAGGACCACUUCUUAGCUGCUCACAUUCUCCUCAGUGCUGUGGCAGAACUGUCAGAUUAUGCACUUGUCUUGCUGCGUGCCUGCUGUGAUCUCCAGGUUGUUCCUACCCUAUGUUGUUUGCCUACCAUGACCUCACCAGAUGGCACGUUGACACUUGCAGAUCCAGUGCUGGCCCCACUUGAUGACCCAGAAAAGUUUCAGAUAGUGCAAAGGCUGUUUGCAUUAUCAAACAUUAACCUUGAAAAGACAGAGUCUUCUGUACAAGCUGUAACCAUGAAAAAGCCCAGUUUUUCCCCAAUCAUUCUUUAUAUAGCAUUAUAUGGACUUGGUGCAUUAGCCUGUAAAACAGCUCAAGCUUGAAGUAUCAGCUUGGCUGGCUUAACUGUAUACCUGAGUGCACUAUCUCAUGUGAGAAUAAAUCUGGCCGAUUUGCAUCCGUGAAAUUGGAAUGUUGGCACAGACUGUGUCAGAGUUGAAACUGUAUCAGUGAACAAAUGUGGGGGGGUGGGAAGCUAUGCAAAGCUACUUCAUUAGCAAUACCUUCAUAUGCUUUUAAUACGCUGGUAUCCAUUCAGUGUCCUCUAAUAUGAUUGCUCUCCCAUUUAGGUCUUAUAAGCUGAAAGCACUUAGGGUCAGUUUGGAAGAUACUUUGUGUUCUGGCCCCACCACAUGCACUAACUGUGUCAGGGGAGGAUGAUAGCACUCACACACUAACACACACACUUUGCGCUUUUCCUAAUUGUUGUGUAGGGGGACAGUUCUACCAAACUCCUCCUGUACAUGCUAGAAUUAAACUAGUGGCUUACAUCCUGCUCACUGCAACACAGGUAGUGCACCACCCAUGCUGCUGAAUGUGUGUGUACACUGUCUGUGGUAAAGUUGUGCAGAUGCAGUUGUGCAGCUCUAUGCCAGAGUGGAGCUGCAAUGGUGCCCAGCUCUGUCGAUAGUAUUUACAUGCACGCAGCAGGCAUGGCCACUGCUUCUGCCACCCGCGUUGUGUUGCACAGGAUGUGAGCCCCUCGUUUAUUUCUAGCCUGUGUAAAGGAGUGGUUUGGAUAAACAUGUAAAACAGGGAAACACUAGCCGGUCCUCACACAGCAUCUGUGCGCUCUUUGGGGCCGGCAGUUCCCCACUCCCUCCUGCCCCACUCUCUUGCUCCCUCCCUCUUGCUCCACUCUCUCUCGCCCUCUCUCCCUCUCCCUCCCACCCUCUCUCUCUCACCCUCCUUCCCCCCUCCUGCCCCACUCUCUCUUGUCAUCCGUCAUCCUCCACCUGCACUGAGCAUUUUAAGGCAGCGGGCAGCCAUUUUCGGCCGGACCUCACUGCCGCCACAGGCCCUUCUUUCCAGGUGGUGGGUGGCCGAAAAGGGCCCCACUGCCGCUCCUCCUCCUGCGCGGCAAACAGGAAAGUCCCGCCACCUGUUUCCCUCCCACGCCGGCCUCCAACGGGCGCCUCGCCUCCAGUUGGGCCCGCUGCCACCUGGCCUCCGCGGCCGGGCCUGCCGGUGACCAAUCCUCCUGGGUGCGCCUCAGCCAAUCAGGUGCCUCCGCUGCCCAGCCACUUAGCUGGGUGCUGGGACGCACAUUCCAAGGCACACCCAGGAGAAUUCUAUAUAUUUUGAUGUGUUAAGAGGGGGAGAAAGGACAUGUGCAUUAAUGGUGUGCAUACAUCCUGAUCACAUGUGUUGGAUCUUCCAAAGCAGCCCUUAUUCUGCCUUUAAGUAGUCCUUAUUGUUUACUGUGUUUAUAUGUACUAAACUGGUCUGUUUGUCAGAAUUCCCUGGUAGAAGCAGAGUACGUUCAGCACUGACCUAGUUCACUCUGCUUUGAGUAAGUGUGUUUCACAAGAGUACAUAGCAAGUUAAAUUCUUCCCCUUCUUCCAUAAUAUUUAUGCACCUUGACUCAAGAAUGAGUUACAUUAGCCCUAUUCAGACAAAAUGUUGUACAAGUGUAGAUACCUGCAAACUCAUCCAUGGUCUUCAGAACAGCCCUGCUGGAUCAGGCCCAAGGCCCAUGUAGCCCAGCAUCCUGUUUCACACAGUGGCCCACCAGGUGCCACUGGGAAGCCCACAGGCAAGAAGUGAGGGCCUGCCCUUUCUUCUGCUGUUACUCCCUGCAACUGGUAUUUAGAGGCAUCCUGCCUCUGAGGCUGCAGGUAGCCUAUAGCUAUUGGACCUGUCGUCACUAUACCUGCAUUCAUUUAAAAAGUGAACAGGCCCCUCAGUUGCAUGGUACAGACAGCAAAUGUACUCCUGUAUGUGUUUUGAUAACUGUACUUGUGUAUGUGGUACGCUUGUACAAAUGUUGAACAUGUACCUAGGGCUGGUGAGGAUUACUUUUAAGUAAGUGUGCAGAGGAUCGUUGCCUGAGAGUAAGAGGCUAUAACUUGUAAUAAAGGGCUGCACAACCUAGGCCCUCCUGCAGAUGUUGGACUGUACUCCCAUCAUCCCUGACUACUGGCCACUGUGACUAGGGUUAAUGGGACUUGUACUCCACAAACCACUGGAGGCCUGAAGUGGUGCAUCCCUGCUGCAAUAGACUAGCUGUUAGCAACUACAUGUAUCACUUGGUGGUAAUUAUGUGCUGCCAGGCUCCAAAGAGGGUGGACAGGGAUAGAUCAGUGCACAACAUUUCCAGCAGCAGACUCUUGGGGAAAGGCUGGCUAGGUGGUCCCAAUCAAAGACUGACAGGCUGCCUACCAUGCCAGAUGUGGAGCUUCCCUCUCUGAGCAAGGGUAGGCAAGCAGGGCACAAGUCAGCCUCAAACAGCAAAGAAGGUUGUGUGCAUAUGGAUGUAGUGCUUAAGGGGAGAUGCAGGAGAGGGAAACCGUAGUAAUGUUGAUGCUAUGACUCGCUGAGAGCACUGUGUAAAUGACUGCAUAUGCUAUGUAAAGCUGUGUUUUGGUAGACCGUCUUCAGGUCUCAAUCUGCCAUUGUGGCAGUGCAUCUGUGCCACAGGCAAAGGUGCCUGCCAUGGUGGGAGGAGGAUGGAGUGCUGCUGCUCCCGCUAUCAGUCAUCCUAACUUCUUGUGCCUCAGUGAGGGGACCUGUCUGUAGGAACCCAUGUCUAAGAUGGAUCUCUUUCUGCACUAUUUGUUGACUAUAUUUGUCCCCAGCUUGCUGACCUAUCAUAACUCCAAUCUCCUGUCUACAGGGCCUUCCUGAUGGCUACAAAGUGUGGGAUUUUGAACAAUUCCACACAAGCUUCAUGUGCCACCUUAAAGUCUACACGCUUGUGUAUGUAGCCUUCAAUGCUCCUUCACACUCCGAGCAGGACUUCAUGUGAUUUCUGCAGUGCCACCUGCUGACCAGCUCUUACAUUUAGAGGACUCAAAAUCCCACAUUUUAUUGCCAUAUGGAAAGACCCUACUCCCUCCCUCAGCUCAAUCUCCCUUGCUCCUAGGCCCACCCCACCCCACCCCUCAGUGGCUUCUGCCUGUGCUACUACCCCCUAUCAUCCCAUUUUCUCAGUUCCUUCUUCCCUCUGUGUUUUUCCGAGGCCGCUUUCUACUUCUUCACGUUAGAUUUGUAAACUACAUAUAUUAAUUACUUCCUCUAUUCAACUUUCUGCUCUUUUUCAAGCUCCCUGGGCUCUCUUCCCUCUGAUAUUCUCAGCUAUGACAUUUUCUACCUUACCAGCAUAAUUAUGCUUUCUGUCCUGUUUUAGCCAAAGCUCUAUUCAAUUUCUAAUGCACUGAAUUGUUGUGAACACUGAAUGGCUGAUAUCUAUUUAGCAUUUAAUCUGUUAAAGGAAUUUAUAAUGGCAGGAUUUCAUCCUUAGGAAAAAAUAUUUUACUUUAGUCAUUCUUAAAAUCUAAAACUUUCCAAGAACUCUGAAAAAAUACUAAGCAAUAUUCAUAAAGUAAUGGUACACAUUAGUGGGAAGAACAUCUUUGCUAUAGUGCUUCUAAUAUGUAAUGCAGCAUUUCUGAUUUUCCCAAGUUUACUUGACUACAUAUUCAUAUAUAACAAUAUAGAAUAUAAAAUAUUUACUUGGCUACAUAUAUUUACUUGUUAAAACUUUCUUUUAACAAGUUGGUAAGACUAUAAGGUUGCUCUCACAAUCAGUACCAGGGAGGGCGGGCAGUGGGGAAAGCAGGGUUUGACCUGCCCCCACCCCUUGAAAAUUGCUCUAAUUUUCAGUGCAUGAUCCACACACCCUUACGUUCAAGUGCAGAUCUCUGGAGGCAGGGGUGCCGCAUCCUGGCCUUCGGAUAUCCCACAAUGUACCAUGUGAUAAGCAUGGUGCAGUGGGCGAUACCCCCAGGAUGGGUACCCGUUGCUUUAUGCACUUGGCCUGCAGGCAGCCUGAGCACACACACGAUCCUGGGUGCUGGGGUUAAGGGUGCACUUGCACCCUUAUCCUUGGCUAAAGGCCAGGCUUCAAAGUGGGGAUAGGUGGAAAGCUUACCAUAAAGCUCUGCUGCUGCAGCAGGGAACCCAAAUGUGUUUGUGUGUAUUCUCACAUGGAGCCAAAAAUUCCAGGGAGCUGAGGCCAAGACCAGGAAUGAAUAAAGUGAACUCCCUGGCCGCUGCUAUCUCCUUCACAAACCACAUAUUUCACCUUCUCUUUGGCUGUCCACCCCUUAUUUCCAGUAACUAACUGGUCCUUGUGGCUCUAGGCCUUUCUACCCUUUUCCCUGUUUAGCCUCUCCAUAGCUUGUUACCCCAUUCCUUUACAGUCAAGCUGUGAUGCCUGGAUGGCAUCAGCACCAGCUACUGGAUAGUAGUGUUUAAGAAUCAUUUCACCACAGCAGCUCAAGUAGCAGCUAGGUUAGCUUGUAGAUGACAGGCAACAGCAAGUUUCCCCCCAAUAUUUUUUUUAUUUCAUAUAUACAAAAAUACUUUAUUAGGAGUUAACAGGAAUUCACAGAUUUGUACAUUUCAGAAAUCUUUUUUUACAGAACAUGACUUAAUGUGAAAACAAGAUUAAGAGGGACAAUUGUAACAAAAUUCAAAUUGAAAUUGUGGUGGUACUUCAAUUUUUUCUAUGUUCUGUGCUUGAGAGUAUUCUAAAGUGAUCAUUGUGGCAGAUAAACAACAUCUUUGACUUCCUUUCUGCAGUACUAAAGAGCAAAGGUGCCCUACAAUAGAGUUCAAAAUUUAAACAUAUAUUGCACAAAUAAUGGGCCAGUUCUGACAAGCACAGGUCCCCUACAUGCAGUAACAGGGCUGUGUUGAGAAUGCACCCAGCCUGAUAUCACUGAAGGACAUGUCAACAUGUUCUCUGUGUUUAAACAGAGUUUUGCAGUUCAUGUAGAGGGGCCCCUCACACACAAUUAUAAGAUAUGCCGAGAAAAUGUCAGCAUGUCUUUUAGUGACUUUGGAGCAGGUACAUUCUUGGUGUGGUCACGUUAUCACAUGUAGGGGGGCUGGUGGGGGCCAUGUUCAGUCUGAACGAGCCCAAUGUGUUCCAGCAUUGAUGCAUAUGUAGAAACCAAGCUGACAGAUGCUGAACAGAAACCAAAGUUUCAAGGGUUGUAUAACCUUAAAGGAUAGUUUUCUGCCACCUUUAUGAACACAAGAUGUGCACAGAAAGUAUAGUACUUGAACCACGUCACAUUAAUUCAAAAUGCAUGUCAUUGUCUUCUAAUAUACAAGUUUCAGUACAGAUGCCUGUACAAAAAGGUUUGUUUUCCUGGCAGUGCACUACCAUUCAAAGCCUAAACCUUUUUUACUGUCUGGCAUAGAUGUUGGUAUGUGAGAGAAAUUAGUGAUGUUUUAGGUCAGCCUUAGUCACAGAAAUCCUCUUGUCCUUAAACUGAAAGAAGUCACAGCUAGAAAUGUCAAUUGCUGGAAGACUUAUCAUGGUUCUCUGCCAGAUUGCUGAAAAAUCUAACAAAACCAACUUAUUCCUAUUUAGUAAGAAGAAUUUCAGUCUCAAGAGCACAUAAUACCCUUAGCUGCAAGAAGCUGAGAAACAAUACUUAUGUCCACAACUGAGGCCAUGAUGAAAAGUUUACAUAGUGUUUUGCCAAGGAAACUCAUGUGAAUCAAAAUAAUUUUAAACAAAAAAUGGGAUACAAUUAAUCCAGAUAUCUAAGCACCAAAUAAAAAAAAUGCAUUAAAUCUUCAAUUGAUGUAACUAUAAAGCUUGUGGCUUGAUUGUGGUUUACUGCUCCUAAUUUUCUUUAUAGCCAUUAGAAGAGACAAAUCUCUUCCUGUAGGAAAGGGAUGUCUGGUUCUCAGUUUAACAUUGUAUUUUUAUUUCAGUAGUAGCUGUAUUCAUAUUGUUCUUAUUAAACUUGUUUUUCUCAA